AAAUUUGGGCUGAAUCUCCGUGGUGUUGUUGGGAGAGGCCAAAAACGAAGAAAUUAAUUUUGGUUUUCGAUUUCAUUUCCAGGAGGGAAUAAGUUUCGGUCAAUUUUUCCCCCUUUAAUCUGCAGCCGACCUUUUUUCCUGGUCGGCGUGGACGUCCAUUUCCAACCUCUUUCCCUUCCUUCUCUUCCAUUUUCUUUAAUACCCUAAAACACAAUGUGAAUUUUUGAGUCCCCAAUUGGUUGGAUUGUUCAACCUUUUUGGUGGGCCUUUUCUUUGAUCAUUCUACAUUUAAUCUCUUUCUGGGUUUUGUUUUCACUUUGCAUCUCUUUUUCCUUCGAUUCGUUGCUGGCUUCUCUUGCGAUCAACGGGAUUUCCUGCCCACGGUUGAUGAUUUGUUGAGUUACCUUUUCGACUGCUUUGGAGAGGUGAAGUUUAUGCACACGAGACGGUUAAUUCAUCCUGUCAACUUAGUUUUGUUGGGACGUUGGCCGUAAUGGGAACGUCAUCUCCUAAAGCGUGUGCUCGAAAAAGUCCUGUUACUUCUUUGUUGUAUGCUGUUUCUGAAUGGCUACUGAUAUUUAUGCUGUUUUUGGACUCGAUAUUCUCGUUCUUCAUCACAAAAUUUGCUCGCCUUUGGAAAUUGUGCACCCCGUGCCUGCUAUGUUCGAGACUCGAUCAUGUUUUUGGCUCGGAGAAGAAGGGGUACCUUUGGAAAUUGAUUUGUGGCAAACAUAAGCUGGAGAUUUCAUCUUUGGUACUUUGUCAUGCUCACAACAAACUUGUUAAUGUUCAUGAAAUGUGUAAUAGCUGCCUCUGUUCAUUUGCAACAAUCCAUAAGUCAAAUUCUGAGACUUAUAGAUUAUUGGUUGGGAAACUGAGGGAGGAUCCUCAUCCUGCCAGCCAAAGACUUUGUUCGUGUUGUAAGGUGCCGUAUGUUCCAAGAGGGUUCGUUCAAACGUUAAUUCAGACCAGAUCGAGCGGAUGGGAGACGGAGGAUCUCAAUGUUCCCUUGUCGAGUUCUGUUUCUCGAAAUCCAUUACCUCAUGUUCAAUGCAGAGAGUUAAAGAUCACUUCAGACACAGUAUCUGAUGGAAAUGGAUGCAUUUCUAAGGACGAUAUCGGUGUUCGUAUGGAGGCUAACUUCAUUUCAGUGGCCGGUGAUUUAACCACGACAAAGCUAGUCGAGCCAGCUUUGACGCCUGAACCAUUGGUCUUGUUAACCGAUACACCGCCUCCUGUAGAAUGCGAUGUCUUGAUCGGGCAUGGUUUGGAUGAAUUGACUCCAAAGCACGUCGAAAAUAAUGCGGUUUUCUCUUCAUCAACUGAUCUCCUUGCCCUUGAUAACGUGGUUCCUUCUUCAAACACAAUAGCAACCUCUGUUAAAGCUUUAGAAGGAAGCUAUGUUACUAGAGGCGAAGAAUACGAGAUGAAACGCAAGGAAACCGAGAAGACAGGUAUUUUGGCGACAAAAGUGACAUCUGAAGCACCUUCAGAAGCGCAAUCUGUUUCGAGUGAGGCUGUUCAGAUAGCACCAAAUGUAUUGGAGCUUGGUGAUGCUUAUAAGCUAGCUUUAGGCGCUCGAGGAUUAAGACAAAUGUCGGGCAGGCUUUCGCAACAAUGGAUCGGGAAGGAAUCUUCAAAAGAGACUGAAGAUCUGAAGCUUCUCUUGACACAACUCUCAUUUAAUCGAAUGAAUGACCAAUCACGGGAUAUGAGUCCGAGGAUGUCUGUAUAUGGUGAUGAGUCGAGGAGCUCAGAUGUCUCGAGCGCCGCUGGGAUUCAGAUACUACAGAGAAGGUUUUCGCUUGAAAGAAACGAGUUCAGUUUAGAAUCUCUAGAUGCAUUCAAUGUCAGUGAGGUCAGUGAAAUCGAAGGCGAAAACAUGGUUGAACAGUUGAAACGAAAGAUCGAGUACGAUAAGAAGCUUAUGAAUUCGUUAUACAAGGAAUUGGAGGAAGAAAGAAGUGCAUCUGCUAUUGCUGCUAAUCAAGCAAUGGCCAUGAUUACAAGGCUGCAAGAGGAGAAGGCAAGUCUUCACAUGGAAGCAUUGCAGUGUAUAAGGAUGAUGGAAGAACAAAGUGAAUAUGAUGAUGAUGCCCUGCAGAAAGCAAAUGAUCUCAUUACAGAGAAGGACAAAAAGAUGCAAGAUUUCGAAGCCGAACUCGAGUUUUAUCGGAUGAAUUUCCCGAACGCAUAUACAAUAGAUAAUCUAGUGGAGACGUCUAAUGUGAAGGAAAGAGAUAUCGGGGUCGUUCAUUUAGAGUCAAACCAGAUCGGAACAACCGGUUACGACAAUUCCGUUGCAGGUAAACCCGAUAUCCACGAGAAAGUUGGAAACGAAGGCAGCACGUACAACAAGUUUUUGUUGGAGUUCGAGGACGAAAAGCUUGGCAUCAUGCAAUGUCUUGAGAAGUUGGAGAAUAUGCUUCAUUUGUUUUCAAACAAUGGGGUCAAGAUAGAUCUUUUCAGCAAUGAGCCAAAACAUGUGGAUGAUCAUCUUCCCUCGCUUGCUCGUCCUACGUUCGAUAAAGAAAGCGGUGAACUUGAUUGUGUCGAUAGGAACUCCGUGUUGGCCACGGGAAUGGCGGAUUUCACCUCUCUAAGAAGUGAGAUGGCUAAUCUUAACAAAAGAAUGGAAAUGCUUGAAGCUGACAAGAAUUUCCUUGAGAAUACAAUCAAUUCACUCCGAAAAGGAGAAGACGGGCUUCGGUUUGUUCAAGAGAUCGCUUCCCAUUUACGAGAACUACGAAAAGUCGGGAUAAGAAGUUGAAAGGACGUCCUGGUGAUAGAUACGCUUCAAAGAAACCAUUCAAAACUUUACGUACAGGGGAGAAAGGCGACAUGAACCGAUCAAGAUUUCGGGCAACUGUACAGUAGCUUGGAGCUUGGAGCUUGUUUUCUCCAAAGGUAUGAAGAAUUUACAAAGGAUUUUUAACUCUUUUGGUGUAGAAACUGUCACUUUUAGGAUAUUUGAACUCUUACCUCCCUACUAAUAAUUUGAAGUGAAGACUUAUUUAAAUGGAGUGGAUUGAAUGAAUUUAAUGUAAAAAAGGAGAUGGUCUUGUGUGAAUAUUGUAACAAUUAUUUUCAUCAUUGUAUUGGAUGAUGAUCUAUAUAUAUCAUUAAUGAAAAGCAGUUUUGGCUGCAA